UAUAAUGGAGGGCCAAGUUCUAUAUGUUUCUUUAUUCCAAAGUACAUAUAAAUGGUUCUCUUCUUACACAGAUAUCUUUGUAGUCUUUCUCAGUGUCUCAAUAUUACAAAGUCCUUUGAAAUUGUAGGUGAUCGAUCAUAAAAGUCCAUUUUUUCAGUCGAUGGCGUGCUCACGCAAGAUAUCAUCAUGGAAGCUGCUGAUUGUUUUCUUCCUGGCAUCAAACUCGCAACAUGAUUUAUAUUAUGCCGACGCAAAGCCACAAGUACCAUGUUUCUUCAUAUUUGGGGACUCCAUAGCUGAUAAUGGGAAUAACAACAACCUCAAUACAACUAUAAAAGUCAAGUAUCUACCUUAUGGGAUUGAUUUCCCUGGGGGGGUGACGGGAAGAUUUACCAAUGGUCGUACUCCGAUGGAUUUUCUUGCUGAGUCUAUGGGUUUUGACCACUACAUCCCACCAUUCGCCACAGCCAGCGGUCCGGAAAUACUUGAAGGCGUCAAUUAUGCAUCUGGUGGAGCGGGGAUCCGAAAUGAAACGGGACAAUUUGCGGGAGAUCGGAUAAGCAUGGAUAGACAGUUGGAAAAUCACAAAACUACAGUGUCCCGCAUCGUCAAAAUGUUGGGAAAUCGAGAAUCAGCCAUGGAUUACCUAAGCAAAUGCAUAUAUGCUGUUGCAAUAGGCAGCAACGACUACUUCAAUAACUACUUCAUUCCAGUUGUCUACCCUACUCAUUUCCGAUUUACCCCAUCUCAAUAUGCCACAGUUCUCCGUCGACAAUUUUCUCAGCAAUUAAAGACCUUGCACAAGUACGGGGCAAGGAAAGUAGCCGUUCAUGGACUGGAUAUGCCACGUUGUACUUUGUUCAGACUGUCUAUUUGUGCGAUUAAUGAGGCUUCAUGCAUGGCCUAUAUCACCAAUGCAAUCACACUUUGGAACGAUGAGCUUAAACCAAUGGUGGCCGGCCUCAGUCGCAGUCUACCCGAUGCUAAUUUUAUCUUCAUAAACUUUACUGGAAUUACGACAAGCAUCGUUAAUUCUCAAGGUUUCAAUGAGGAUAUAAAUUUUCCUUGCUGUCAAGUGUAUGGAGCCGGUAAUAUUAUCCCUUUGAAUUGCAAAAGCAAUGGGAAUGUGUGCAGUAACAGGAGCCAAUAUGCAUUCUUUGAUGCCGUCCAUCCUACUGAGGCCCUUUACGAGUUGCAAACGAGAAGAACAUACAGAGCUCAGUCUCCAACCGAUUCUUAUCCAUUCGAUAUUGAACACCUUGUCCAGCUUUAACGAACAAGAUCUUCCUCAUCAUCAGCUUUUAAUUGGUCACUACUCUCAUGAUCAUGAUCUGCUAGUAGUAAUGUUUACAGUUUUAUUAUUUAAUUAAUUUUUCAGUUUUUCAAUGGCAAAUCAUUAAGGGAUUAAUCCAUUUGCAUGCAA